CAAAAAUUAAACGUUCCGCCGUUGACGGAACAACGUUGAUACGGGGCAGAUAACGCUAGUCCUAACUAGGAAAUAAGCUACAAUUAGAUAAGCGUUAGCCUGGCAUCAUCGCGAUCUUUUGGCGCGGAGGAGCGAACGAUGCGUUCAGGGAGUCAACGGAAAACGGAAAAGGGAUGCAAUAGAUAUUCUAUAUAUUAGCAAUUCCAUUCCUACGUACAUGCAUGGCUCCUCGCGCGCCGAUGAAUAACCCAUAGAGUUCGGUGCUGACCAUCUCUCAAUUCCCAACAUGCGUGAUUUCAUGGACUACAUCCAGCUUGCAUUCUACGAUGCUUCCAAGUGGAACCGCGACAAUUCCUACUCACAGCUAACAACUACGGCGAAUGCGCUCCUCGAUUUCUCUACGCCUGAACGGCUGAAGGUGAAUCUAUCUUCACUUUCAACCCCCCACUUCGCGACGACGUAUACCCUCGGCACGGUGGGAUUAAUAGAUGGCUCUAUAUCCUAUUUAUUCACUACAAUUCCACUUCACGAUACCCCCAGCCGAAGCACUUUAAUACCGCUCCGCAAACUUGUCCCAGGUUACCGACAGAUCUACCCCCCUUCUCUUCCCCCUGCGUUCCCGGCAGCAGAUGGGCGAGACGGAGAUCUAGCUAUCGGAGGCACCGAGGGGGACCUGAAGAAAAAAGCCACGUUACUACAUGCGACACUGCAUCUCCCGCCUCCGACUACGCUCACAGGAUCAUUCCUCCGCCGUUUAUCGCCUACUACCCAACUCUCUCUUGCGUUUUGUUCAAGCCGGGCUCCCGCAUCCAAGUCCGCACCCCAGGCAACGUUAGUUACUCAGAUAUUAUAUGAUACUGGAAAAUACAACUCAGAAUUUCUGUUCAGUACGGACAAUGCACUAUUUGGGUUCAAGGGGCUUUGGAACUUCGGGCCGGAUCCGAGGAAGCAGAACCAGAACGGAGGAGACCCCGCACGGGAGCCAUGCCGGUCUUUACUCUCUCUCCUUUCAGCGGGCGGGGAGGUAUAUUAUUCUCCCGUUUCUUCCGUCGUAGGUCUAUCUACCGGUCUGCGAUUUACUACUUUACCCGCCGCCACCGAAAACCCACAUUCCACAUUCCCUUACACUCUAACAUUGACAUUAACACCCCUAACCGGCUCCAUGUCAACAACAUAUUCACUCCUCGCCUCCCCAAAUCUCGCAUUCAGCUCCCGCUUCGGCUUCAACGUCUAUAGCUGGGAGAGCGAGAUGGUAGCCGGCUGCGAAUUAUGGCGCCGGAGCAAAAAGCUACACACGUUGCAGAGAAACUCUUCUCCGCUUUUUGCUGUAGAUGAUUUGACCUGGGCGAGACGCAAGAUGGGCUUACAGGACGCUGCAGUCUCCGUACAUUCCGAGCGUGAUGAUCUUCCAGGCAUCCAGCGCUACGACCACGACAUGCACCAUCAUACCCAGCGUCCCCACGCUUCCGAUUCGGUAAUUAAGGUCCGGGUCGACCAGUCCUGGAAUAUCCGUGCAUUGUGGGAAGGCCGGGUUAAGGAGCUAGUUGUGAGUGCUGGUAUUGCGCUGGGACCGAAGUCGCGGUCGUCGCUGUCAUAUGCGUCUUCACUUGCUGCGAGCGGGCCCGGUGCUGCUGGUGGGCUGAGCUCGUAUGGAUGGAAGAGUGUUGGUGUGUCAGUGUUAUACUCGUCGUGAAUGAUGGGGAGAUAUGUAGUGCUGUCACACGUGGCUUUUUUGACGGCCUAUUGGGUAGGUGUUUAAUUGGCCCCAGGGUGUGGUCAUGCCAGGGUUCAUUUCAGAUGUCUCAGCAUUGUGGGUUUUGGCUGCUCGUUUUUGUAUAUAAUUGCUAUAUAUCCCAUGUAUUUCACAUAAUUUUGGCGCCUCGAGAAAAUGAGCCACAUUGGAAGAUACCUUUCUCUGAUUAACAAAUCCACGAGCCACCACCAGCUUUCGCAAGCAUGUUGCGUUUGCCACUCUUAUACAGAUGACAUCUUGAUUCGAAGCUAUAGGCAAAAUGGACUUGGCAGGGCGUGUGAGUGGGGAGAUCCCUUCCUUGUAUCAAUUCUCCCUCACUGAGCUGUUUGACAUCCUGGUGUUAAGAUGCUUAGAAGUGGAACGAAUAUGAAGAUGAUAUUCCAUUAUUCCAGAUAUCUGCAAACGUGGUAUAUUUUCUACCGCGGAUUGUACAUGUACUGUAUCUAGGUAUCUAGGUAUGAUACAUCGACAUGGGGUUUGGUACCAAGAGUUCAAUCGGUUUCUCUCGUCAGUAUGACGUUUUGAGUUUAGCAUCUCACUGGCUAACUCUCCGC